AUGGCCAUUUGGUUACUGCUAUGCUUCUGGUGCCUGUUCGCCACGGGCCUACGGGUUGAAACAGGCCUUGUUGCGCGGGAAGACUCAAAACGAGCCGUUGACGAAUACUUCAUAGAUCCUGCUGAUCCAUCGUACUGCAUUUAUUUCACCUACACCUACUUUGCGCCGGAGGGAGCUCCUUCUGACUAUUCUCCACUCCCUCCAUAUGGACAACCGACUGGUCUUCCAGGUCCAGUGACUACGGCGGGCUCUGGAUCUGGCCCUGUAUCCGGACUACCAGGUGGUGUUUCCACCGGGCCUGGUGGCGGUGGCAUCACCACGGGACCGCAGGGAACUGCGACUGUUCCAGGUGGGGGCACGGUAUCGCCAGGUCAAAGCACGGCCAAUCCAGACCAAAGUACAAUUCCAGGCCAAGGCACAGUUCCAGGCCAAGGUACUGCUUCGGGCCAGAGUACAGUCCCAGGCCAGGGCACAGGAACAUCAAUUGCAACAACUACAAGCUCUGGUUCGAUUACUGGUCCCACGCCUGCAGCGCCUGCCGUUAUCACAGCACCAGGUGGACGGAGCUUCAGUAUCAAUCUCAGACAAUACCUGGCUGCUCCUACCGACAGGGUGCUGUCCGUGACAACACAGCCAGAGGUGCCCUGGACACGACUUGCUGACGACAUUUUGUUUAUUGACGCUCCAGAAGUCCUCUCAGAGAACACUCUUCUAAUCAGGCUACGUGCCGCGAACGCCGCGGGUGUACCAUACGAAGUCGUCCUCACUCUGAAAUUGGAGCCCGUCAUCCGAGUACCCAUAACACCCGACAGUAUCUUCUCGAUCGAUCUAAAUCGCUACCUUGGAAGCUCAUCGGACACUGUGAACAUAGUCACUGAACCACCUGCGCCAUGGGUGGGUUAUGUACGCGCGAACCAGCGCAUUGGUGGGCGUGUGCCAGCCGGAUACAACACUUCGAGGACGCUCGUCACUGCCAAUGUGGUUCCACAGAAUGGACCGUCUUACGCUCGAUACUUCGCCCUUGUCAUCGCGCCUGUGUCGGUGAUUCCAUUGACACCGGGGAGCCAAUUCACGACUCAGUUGGGAUCUUUCCUUCUCACUUCUACAGAUGUCAUCACAUCUGUCAACUUUGAUCCAAAGGCUACUUGGGUCAAUUUUGACUCAAGCGCGAAGACAUUUUCUGGUCCGGUGCCAGCCACCCUGGAUGUCAAUUCAAUUAUCGCAACUCUUCUGGCUACUUCAAGUGACCAAGGCCUUGAGUAUUCCUUCCAACUCGAGCUUUAUGUUCAGGACAGCAAUCAGGUUACCAGUAUACAGGUCCCCGUCGUGGCUUCGAACAAAUUUUCCAUCAGCACGAAGAAGUAUUUCCCUGCAUCUGUUGAGCUGACAUCCAUCACCACGAAUCCCGCGGUAAACUGGAUCAGCUUCAACGUUGCGCAGAACACUGUCAGUGGACUGGUACCGGAUCUUAUGGCCGGCACCACUGUGAACAUCAAUGUCAAUGCUUCGUCUGCCGGCGCGCCGGGAAGCUCAGCUGCCACCUACUCCAAGCUCUUCACGCUGCAGGUACAGGCCAAUGAUGUUCCCAAAUUCAACGUAACUUUGGGAAGCCAAUUUGUCAUUAAUCUUGGUGCAAGUCUUUUGAGCCCGCCGGGAGAUUACCUCACAGCAGCUUCCACAGUACCUGAGUCGAGUUGGGUGAGCCUUGGUUCCAACGGCAAGACGCUCGGUGGUAUCGUUCCGAUCAAUCUUGCUGCUGGCACCAGUGUUGCUGUUACUGGUAAUGUGUUUAACCCAAGCCUGGACUCCUCCUACACGAAGGAAUUCAGCCUGCAAAUCUUGGCUGGUUCAGACAUUUCAGUCCCUGUACUCCUAGGGGGUGACUUCCAGGUCAAUCUUACGGACUUCCUGCGUGGCCCCGACGAUACUUUGCAGGUCACUACUACCCCACCAGUCCCGUGGGUGAGAAUCAGCCCUUCUCCCCCGCCGUCCUUGAUUGGUACAGUUCCUCUUACUUUCACUGAGUCUGAGGUCAACAUCACCAUCAUUGCCACAUCUAAGAUGACUGGUUUCACAUAUACGAUCCUGUCUAAGCUCCUCGUGUUCACCAACGAGGUUAAAGUUGAGGUCUUCCAAUCGGAUAUCUUCUUUGUGAACUUGGUACCUCUGCUCAAGACAGCUCAAGAUGAAGUCGAAUCCAUCGCUACCUUCCCCAGAGCCGAUUGGCUAACCCUCGACCGGGGAAACCGAUCUGUCUCUGGCAUCGUGCCUCUAAAUCAACCACCUGGGUCGAGCGUCAACAUCACGGUCAACGGCCUCUCCUUGGUGGCGCCGGAUUCCAGGAUUGGCCGUCUGAGAGGGGCCGCGAGAAUUGUUCCUCGGCAGGACCGGGUUCUGUUCCCAUACUCCGUGCUGGUCAGCGUCAAGAUUUUUGACCGACCUGUUGUUAACUCAACAUCCGCGGUACUACCAUCCACGGAGCCCCCGAUUCAGCCACCCAGCUCAGGUCUACCGCAGCCGAGCGGGCCAGUCCUCACCCCUUCGGAAUCGAAUCCGCCCUCACCCAGUGUGAGCGGCGGCGACGGUUCUGGAACUUCGGGGCCUGAGCCGUCUGGAGCAGCGAGCGACUCGUCUGUCCUGCCGCCUCCAUCUGGGAGUGGUGGUCCAGAGCCGACGGGCCCUGAUGGAAGCAGCCAGGUAUCUCCAGGCCCGUCUGCAAACCCUUCAGAUGGGAGCGCGUCGCCAUCAGAGUCUGGAGGUUCCACGACGGACGAUGGCCAACCGCAACCGACAGGCAGUGGCGAUGGCGGUGUGCUUCCCGAGCCAACACCUCAGAGCUCAGGAGACGUUCAGCCAGAGCCCACACCCCAGAGCUCGGGCGACGUGCCGCCCCCAGGACCGACGGCUCAAAGCUCAGGCGGGGCCGACCACGCCCUCUUUGGGGAUUCCAGCAUCAUCAGGUCAGCCCAGCCCGGCUGCGUCUUCGAUACAGGUCUCUUCGGUUAUUCCACCAGUACAAAGCACUACAAAUGUUGUCCUGCCACCUACAAUAGCCACCUCAGCUGCUGGGAGCCGGACCACCACCCCCAUCUCCAGCCAGCCUGGGUCAAACGUUCCAGGGUCAAGCUCUCAAGGACCGAACCCUCCGACAUCCAGCUCCCAGGCACCAAAUACUCCGGUGGGAACCUCACAAGGGCCCAACACGCCAGGGACGACUCCUCAAGUACCCACCCUGCCAGUCCCUGGAAGCAGCUCCCAGGGGCCGAAUUCUCCGGUCACAACCUCACAAGGCCAGACCCCUCCGGGAACACCUUCACAGGUACCCAGCUCACCAGUUAUAGGGUCGUCGUCACAAGCACCCAACCCCCCAGUUCCCGGGUCGUCUUCGCAAGCAUCCAGUCUCCCAGUUCCUGGAUCAUCGCAAGCACCCAGCCCUGUUGGAACAAGCUCCCAGGGGCCGAAUCCUCCGGUGACUACCUCACAAGGCCAAACCCCUCCAGGGACAACUUCGCAGGGGCCCAACGUUCCGGGAACAAGUUCUCAAGUGCUCAGCCCACCAGCUCCAGGGACUUCCUCCCAAGCAGCCAGCCUUCCAGGGACAACCUCGCAGGUGCCCAGUCCACCAGUAUCAGGAACGUCCUCACAAGCACCCAGCCUUCCAGGGACAAGUUCUCAAGGGCCAGCUCCUCCUGGAACCUCCGGCCCGGGAACGCCCAGCCAGCCAGCCGGUACGUCUCAGGGCCCUCAAAGCCAAUCCAGCGGCGGAGUCUUCCCAUCGUCAGGGCCGGCCACCUCUGCGCUUACAAGUGGCGCACCGCCUCCAAGUUCUGGGCCAUCAAGUGA